CACCUUUUUUCUAUAGAAUUAGAAAAAGAAAAUAAUAAGAGAAGGAGUCGGUUUAGCUCACGUGUCUGAUGGGAGGAUUUUAUUUUAUUUUUUAGUUAUUUUACUUUCCUUUUAAGGGUUUAUUUAUAGAUUCGUCGCGAGGAUUUUACGUGUGACGUUCUACGAUACGAAGAGUAAACUGCUACAACCUAUUGAAGAUAUUAGACAUACAAGAUAGAACGGCCGAGAUGGCUAAGGCGGCGAUAGGGCAAAUAUGCUCGUCCAACUCGAUGGCGCAUAACCUCGAGCAGUGCGUCAAGCUCGUGGGCCAAGCUGCGGCUGCUGGAGCGAAAAUCCUCUUCCUCCCGGAAGCAUCCGACUACAUUGGCACCUCCGCGCAAGAAUCCCUCUUCCUCGCCCAACCCAUCCACACCUCCCCGUUCGUCUCCGGCCUCCGCUCCGCCGCCGCGCAGCACCGUCUCGCCGUGCACGUCGGCAUCCACGUGCCCGUAACCGUGAAACCCGUUUCUUCUUCUUCCACCCCCACCGCCGCCGCCACCAUCAGCAACCCCGUCUUACCCACCACCCCCUCAGAAGACCAAGACCAAGACCCCAGCUCCGCUAGCCCCGGAACAUCCAUCACCAAACUCUACAACCGCUCCAUCUACAUCCGCGACGACGGCUCCCUCCACCCCGACGCCUCCUACGACAAGCUCCACCUCUUCGACUACCCCGACGCCGCCCUCCGCGAGUCCGCCAGCACCCAGGCCGGGUCGCGCUUCGCUCCCCCCUUCGACUCCCCCGUCGGCCGGCUGGGCAGCCUGAUCUGUUUCGACCUGCGAUUUCCCGAGCCGGCUCUCCACCUCACCGUCGGCGUCUCUUCCCCUUCCCCUUCUUCCUCUUCUUUCCCUUCCCCCUCCUCCCCCACCAGCUCCAAAAAACCCUUCCCCCCCGCCCAAGUCCUCCUCUACCCAAGCGCCUUCACCGUGCCCACCGGCCGCGCCCACUGGGAGGUCCUCCUCCGCGCCCGCGCCGUCGAGACCCAGUCCUGGGUCGUCGCCGCCGCCCAGGUCGGCCUGCAUAACCCGGGCUCCUCCUCAUCCUCCCGCGUCAGCUACGGCCGGAGCAUGGUCGUCGACCCUUGGGGCCGCGUCGUCCUGGCGCUCAAGGGUGUUCGCGAGAAGGAACCGGACGGCGGCUACGAAGUUGAGGACGGCGCCGUCGGCGAGCUCGGCAUCGUCGACGUCGACUUGGGCCUGUGGGAAAAGGUGCGCCGGCAGAUGCCGCUUGUAAGAAGGACCGACAUUUAUCCGGAAAUCUAGGAAUGUAGACGUUAUAGCACAUCUAUUACUACUACGUUAAAUCACAAAUCACCGCAUGAAUAGAGAGAAACGAGUGACUUGAUGGUUUUGUAUUAACCAGUGUAACUCAGCUUAUGUACCGACUCAAAAAGCCAAAGCCACCUACA